AGCAUACAUACAUCCACCACACACGAUAGGAUACACCGUCCGUGGUCGAGUGAAUGGAUCGGAUCGAUCAAGCGGCGGGUGUGAGUGCCGCGGCGUAUUUGGUGCCGACGAGUGUGUUGAACCUCUCGACCUCCUCUUCGCUGCCGUACGCACACUGUGUGCGCACGUCAGUGGUCGUGAUGGGGAUCUCCAGCACAGACUUCUCGCCGUCGGACGACAUGCCGCCGCCCUUCUCUAUCAGGUAUCUGCACACACACAGCCAGGCAGACAGACAGACAGACAUCCCUUGCUUCUCUCCCACACACAUCGCAUCCAAGGUUCCGUGUCUGCGUGGAGGCAUACCCACCCCAAUGGUGCGACUUCGUAGAGGAGUCUGAGUUUAGAGGGGCAGCUGGGGGAGGACGGGGUCACGUACACACCCUUGCCCUUGAUCAGCAGCUGAUUCACGUCCGGCACCAUGCCGCCAGUGUACCUGAAGUGAAGGCCGCCCAAGCCAAGAAGGAUACAUACAUACAUACAUAGAUUGAUGCAUCGCAUCGAUAUACAAAGGCAGGCAGGCAGGCAGGGAGGGAAGGACAGUAGUGGGCCCUGGGCUCACCUGAGCUGGUACUUGUUUCCGAGCCAGUAGUUGAACAGCUCAUUGUAGCCCGGAUUGUCCUGAUUCAGUAUGUAUGUAUGUCAUCGAUGAGACAAACGAGACAGACGUCCGUCUGCCUGUGUGGUUGUGUUGUGGUGCGUGUGAAUGUGUCCUCCCUUCCCACUGUGUCAGUCAGUCAGUGAGCGUAUACCUACGUACCUACCUGUGUGGCCCUGAGGUUGCCCGGUGCGAAGAGUUUGCCGCUGUCGAUGGCUGUGAAUGUAGCGGCGUGGACCCAAGAGCCAUGCAGUCCCGUGUAGUCGUCCACGAGGAGGAACUCAUGUGCGCCCUCCACACCAUCAAUGGCAAUCGACAUGGACGUACGCGGGCCGUAUGUGCACAGACCACCGGCUACCAUCUCAGAACCCUUGAUGCCCGUCAGCUGCACACACACAAAACACGCAACACGCGACUUGUCGUGGGUGGCAGGCACAAUUCGCUUGCCUGCCUCCCUCCGUCCCUCUCUGACCUUGGUGCCCGGCCAGACUCCAAAGAUAGUGCCGACGGCGAAGUUAGUGUCGACGAUGGACGAUCCAUCCAGCGGGUCAAAGGCCACCGAAUACACAUCAUCGGCACGACCACCGACGUCCUUCUCAAUCGGCUCCUCCUCUGACACACAUAGGGAAGAGGCAGGGAGGGAGGGACACAUGAGUGGCUGACUUGCCUGCUCUGCUUUGCAGAGUGCAGUGUGGGGCUGGCUGGAGUGCAGUGCAUCAGGGCUGCCUGCCUCUCUGCCCGUUUCCUUUGUCACCUGACGAAGCCGUUGCGAUAUUGUCGCAAGCUUCGAACUGAUCAAACAGGAUCUUGUUGGCCAGCACGUCGACAGCCAACUGAAUGCAAUCGACACACAGGAAGGCACCGAGAUAUCUGGAUGGAUGGACGGACUUGACAGAGAACCUCGCCCACUCACUCUUCUGCCCUCUGUCUGUUUGCCUGCCAUACAAUUGAUGUGUCUGUGCCCCGUUUACCCUACCCACCUGUUCGUCUCCGAACUGGUUGAAGCACGAGAUCUUGUUGCAGCUGGCGGUGCGCACCUUGUAGCCGAUCUCCUUACAGGCGGCAAAGAGGGCUGUGAGGGUCGACUGCAGGCUGGGUGAGAUGUUCUGGGCCGUCAUCCACUGGUCCAGCGUCUCGCCCUCCAUACGAACACCACGCCUCACAUGCGCCCUCCGCACAACAGAGGCAGAGGUGCCACCACGGGGCGUCAGAGGGGCCGCUGGGGCGAAGGCUGUUCGGCCGGUGAGGGCAUGGCCACUCCUCACCACCAGCAGCAGAGCCACAGAUGACAGCAACGCCCACAUGAUUCGCCUUUGCAGAUCUACGAGAUGAGGACAGACAGACGGCC